CGUCUGAGUCUCGGGUAUUAAUAUUUCGGAAAUUUAAUCAAAUUUCACUGUAAAUCAAAGAUUUUGAAAUCAAAAAUAGACUUUACAAUGAAUGUGAUACUGGCAGUAAAACAGUAUGUUUCGAAGAUGAUCGAAGAGGCCGGUCAAGGCAUGAAAGUGCUUCUGAUGGAUAAAGAUACGACAAGUUACGUCAGUAUGGUUUACGCUCAGUCAGAGAUUCUACAGAAAGAAGUCUACCUGUUUGAAAGAAUUGACUCGCCAAACAGAGAAAAUAUGAAACAUUUGAAGUGUAUAUGUCUUAUAAGACCUACCAGAGAGAAUAUUGAGCUACUGUGUCAUGAAUUGAAAAAUCCAAAAUAUUCGCUCUAUUUUAUUUAUUUUAGCAAUGUUGUGAGUAAAAGUGAUGUGAAGCUGCUAGCUGAAGCUGAUGACCAAGAACUUGUCCGUGAAGUCCAGGAAUUCUAUGGUGAUUAUAUUGCUAUUAGUCCACACAUGUUUUCAUUCAACCUUGUUGGUUGCUGUCAGGGUAUCACUUGGAAUCCAGCAGCACUCAAUAGAGUUUGCGCCGGAUUGACUGCAGUCUUGUUAUCGUUAAAGAAAUGUCCAAUGAUAAGGUAUCAGAAUUCAUCAGAAAUGGCAAAACGAUUGGCUGAGAAUGUUAGGCAAGUCAUAUCGAAAGACGCUGGUUUAUUUGAUUUCAGAAGAACUGAUGUUCCGCCGUUAGUGUUGAUUUUGGACAGAAAGGAUGACUGUGUUACACCAUUGUUAAACCAGUGGACAUAUCAAGCAAUGGUGCAUGAAUUAUUAGGUAUCAACAACAACAGAAUUGAUUUGUCAUCAGUUCCGGGAAUAACCAGAGACUUACAAGAAGUAGUACUUUCAUCUGAGCAUGAUGAAUUUUAUACAAAUAAUAUGUAUAUGAAUUUUGGUGAAAUUGGAACUAAUAUAAAAGAAUUGAUGGAUGACUUUCAGAGAAAAUCGCAGAGUCAAAAAAAGAUAGAAUCUAUUUCAGACAUGAAGGCAUUCGUUGAAAACUACCCCCAAUUCAAGAAGAUGUCUGGAACAGUAGCAAAGCAUGUGACUGUGGUUGGAGAGUUAUCACGACUUAUCGGUGCCAGAAAUCUAUUAGAAGUGUCAGAAUGUGAACAAGAGUUAGCUUGCCAGUCUGAUCACUCAGAGGCUUUAAGGAAAAUUCGUAAUGUACUAGCCAAUGAAAAGGUGUCUGAGUUGGAUACAUUUCGUUUAGUUGCCUUGUAUGCUCUGAGAUAUGAGAGACACAGUAAUAACGACCUAUCAGCAUUAAUGGAGGCUAUGGCUAGGAAGGGUAUGAGUGAAAAAUAUAGGCGGAUGAUAAAAUCCUUGUUAGAUUAUGGGGGAAAUCGAGCCAGAGGUAGUGAUUUAUUUGGAACUAAAAAUCCGAUCUCACAAGCCAGGAGAUUCUUUAAAGGUUUGAAGGGUGUUGAAAACAUUUAUACUCAGCACACUCCGCUGUUACAAGAGACAUUGGAUCAACUUAUCAAAGGAAAAUUAAAAGAAUCUAGUUUUCCAUAUCUCGGACCAAGCCAACUCAGAGACAGACCUCAAGACAUCAUUGUGUUUAUGAUUGGUGGUUCAACUUACGAGGAGGCGUUUUCUGUAUAUAAUUUAAAUAAAACCACUACAGGGGUGAGGAUUGUCCUUGGUGGCACCACAGUGCACAACUGCAAAAGUUUUCUGGAGGAGGUUUCCUUAGCAACACAGUCAUCAAUCGGAGGUAUGCCUAGGAGAACUCCUAGCACGAGCUCAAGAACAUCAAAUAAUCGACGGUUUUGA